CUCUACUGUUCUGCCAGGUAGAUAAAGCCACCCAGGAAGGCUGCCGUCAUUGCGUGUGUCACCAACCAACGUAUAGAUCCCCUAGCUCGCACGGCAAGGGGAUUCCGGUCAAAAGAAGCGAAGAUGGCCGAUAUGUGGCCUCGCGAGAAGUACCUCAUAUGGUUUCGGUGGUCGGACUCCUCGCUGUCCACCAACUGUGUGCUGCGCGGCCUCAAGACGGUAGCUGACUUGAAGGGGGUGUUGGUGAAGGAACACGCGGUGAGGAGGGGGACAGGAGAGGCGCCCAACACCCAACGCGCACACCAACGUCUGUCUUCAUGUCGUCAUUUGUGCCUGCAGCAUCUCUACAAGAUCACGAGCGAGAUCGUCUUGUUCGGCCGUGCCGGUGAGCCGUCCACCGAUGCCGACGACCACAAGACUCUCGACGAGUUCUUCGGCGAGCUCGGCAGAACAGAAGAGCAGCCGAUUGUCAUGAGGAAGCCACCGACGGUGCCCAAACUCUCGACAAGUGACUGUCUGUGAGGCCGAGAGAGGGAGACAGAGGCAGGCCGGUGGCCGGUGUAUGUCUCACUCGCUGUGUGUGUCGUCCACAGAGCUCCCCGUUACUCCUCCGGAAGUCACAGGUGAGGGAGUGAGGGAGUGAGGUGACGGUGCGUUGCUUUCUAUCUGGCUUCUCAUUCAUAUGCAGUCAUUGGCACAGUCGAGGAGCAGUGGAAAAGGCGGCAGCAAGCGAAAGACCCGAUACCUGCGGCAUUCUUUGUUCAAGACUGACAACUGGCUGCUCGUUACCCCGGCCGUGCGAUCUGCCUGUGCUCGAUGCGAACCGUUCCUGCGAUGUACAUAUUCAUGAUGUACACUAACACACCGACUUGCCUACGUGGUCGUCAAGGCGUGUAUUGUUAUGUGCCUGUCGCAUGUCACACAGUCAAUACUUCCUGUGUGAAGCGUGAUUGGUCAUGGAUCAUAUUUCUGCCCUUCAUUACCCGCCCACUGCGUGCACAGAUGAGGGAGGCGAUUGAUUUUCUGCCUGGUCUCCCUCUGUCGUGGCUAACUGACUUAACAUCG